CGCGCAACCUUUUACCUAUGACUGCAAUCAAAAAUAUGAACGUGAUCGGAUACCAAGCUCUGCUUUCACCAGGCGUCUUGAACGGAUGCUUUGACGCCGCCUAUACUCUGCACUAUGCUAAUGUCUCUCAACAUUCGCCUUGCGCUCAGGGCGCAAGUGUAUUCACUAAACGGAACUGCAUCUUCAUCGACCACACGCGCGUUUGACCACAAUUCGCUCUAUUUCACCCUCCAACGGUCAGCAUACCUGGUUUCUCUGUGAAGCAUCGCAGCAAGCUACCUUCACACAUGAAUACCGCUGCUCUCAUAGUAUAUCAGCUAUGCCUUACCCACUCCUACACUCUCAUCUACCACACACAGCAGGUCAGCUCAACGCACGACCUACAACAGUCAAGUUGAGAAAAAAGACGAACACAACGACAUUCUUACGCCUUGAACUCGUCGCCAACGAAAUCUUUCCCAAUCCAAAUCUUUCCAAUACUCGGUAAGAUGAAUCCCUUCGGCGGCUCAAGCGGUGACGAUUUCUUUGGUGGUGGCAGCGACUUCUUCGGUGGUAUGGGUGGCGGCAUGGGACGCGGUGGCCCAAUGGGAGGCCUGAUGGGAGGUAUGGGUGGCACGGGUGGUCCGAUGAGAGGGCCGAUGGGUGGUGGUGGUGAGAUGGGACGUGGAGGUCCUAUGGGUCCGAUGGGCGGGAUGAGCGGUGGCAACCCUCGCCGAGGGGGCUACUCAUCUUUCUCCUCCUACGAUUCCUCGCGUCCAGAAGGUCAACAGUAUCAGGAACAUCAUGAGCCUUUCGGCGACAAUGCUCAAAGCGGGUAUAGCCACCAACGAGCUCCACGCAGUGGGGGUGGCGGUAGAGGCUUCUUGUUCUCUGGCCUAACAAGCGCAGACAAUCCCUUCCGCCGUCAAGUUGGCGGCAAUCCAGCUGGUGGAUACAACGCGUCUGCACGAGAGGAGUCUAGCUACCCACACAUGGGCCGUGAGGGUCCCCAGUACGCUUCGCGGUACGAAGAGUACCCACGUAGUCAUGGUUCGUCUCGUCGCCAACCACCACAGCAAGCCUACUACGAUGAUGAGUCGGACCCCGACGAAGACCCUCGACAGCGUCAGUAUUAUGCUCCUCAGCACCCGUACGGUGGUGGCGGUGCGCGUGGUGGUGGGGAUGGUGGUAGACCAAGUGGUGGACGGCUGUUCAACUAUGAUCAUUCCGGCCGUCGUAACUAAAUGCGGCGAAUAGCCAAGGACGUAGGAGCUGUGCUACUAUCGCGGUUCCCUUCUUUUCGUUGCAUGCUUCAAAGCAGUGUAGCUUCAUGGCGUUUAGACAUUGUUCUUCUCUUUUCACGCAGCCUCAGAGCGAUUUCUCGA